GCUAUAUUUUGCAUCCUAGCACAGAACAGAAAGGACUAAAGCGCUGUCAUCUCGGAUGACCACUGAUCAAGUGGAAAGUCCUAUUUAGCUUAGCAGCUCGACUGUACCAACUUUUGUGUCUCAUCUCGGUUGUCAAAGCUAACAAAAUGUAGCCCUACGUCUCCAGAUAGAUAUGGAGGGGUUAAGUGACCCCAGCCUUAAGAGGCGACCAAGCAUUCUGGGGAAUGCAGAUGAAAGGUUCCUCUGGUGGAAAUGGAGGUAAAGUUUCUUGAGACUUUUCCUGAGUUCCAGUGGUGGAAAAAAAUCUAUUAUAGUGGUGUUGUAUGGCAGAAGGGAGGUCAAGGGGACACAGCCUGGUUGGGAAGGGACAUCUGCAUCCUUCACUCUGGUCCCAAACCAUGAAUAUUGUGGGCCAGUUUGCGGAGACGGUAUUUGUGACGGUGAAGGAGCUGUACGUACGGCCUUUAACCCCGUCACUCACCGGAGGGAUCGAUGUCAUUGUGGUGCGACAGCCUGAUGGAUCGUUCCAGUGUUCCCCCUUCCACGUCCGCUUUGGCAAGCUGGGUGUGCUGCGUUCCAAGGAGAAGAUUGUGGACAUUGAGAUCAAUGGAGAAUCAGUUGACCUGCACAUGAAGCUGGGUGACAAUGGAGAAGCUUUUUUUGUGGAGGAAAAUGAAAACAAGGAGUCCCAGGUCCCAGCCCAUCUGUGCACCUCCCCAAUUCCUCUUGAGGUCCCUGAGGAGAUCGAAGAAACCCCUGAGGGAUCCUCCAUCACCGGAUCUGGCGCCCGCAGGAAGAAACGUCGCCGCAAACGCAUGCGUUCUGAUACUCACCUGAGAGAAGAGGCCAGCUCCUCAUCAGAUGAGAGAGAAAGAGAGAAGGAGUGGGAGAGAGAAAGUGAUCAGGCCGGGCAGGAAAGCCCUGCUAAAGAAGAGUCCGUCACACCAUUGCAACUCAGUAAAUCAGUGUACUACUCGCUAUCUGAGGAGACAAAUGAGAUGCUGGGGGCCACACAGACCAGAGGCACUCAUCCACACUCGGAUGGAGAGCAGUCACCCAUGGAAAGUGUGUUCUACAGCCGGCCAUCAUCUCCUAAGAGCGACUCCGAGCUCCUGGUUAGACCCGUAGAGUCGUCUGGGCCUCAGAUGCAGUGGAACUGGGGAGGUUUUCCCAUGCUGUGUCAAUCUGAAAGGACACCAGUGGAGUUACAACAUAUCUCCCCUUCCAACCGUUCUCAUUUCCGCACCAUUAAGAGACAGGACUCCUUUGACAAGGACUAUGAGCCUGUGAUCAGCUGUGGCAGAGUGGGCAGUGUAACAGUGGUCCGGCCACAGCCCAGGACUCAUUCCCCAGACCUAGGUAGCGACACUAUGCAAACCGACCCAUUAUAUAUGGAGGAAAACUCUUACACUACCCAUUCAACCCCCACUGACCUCUCCAAGUCUUCAGCGGAGACUAAUGUGGACUCAACACAGGCACUUGAAUUCACAUUCAGGGAAGAGGAGAACAGAGAAUCAUCAUCUUCUUCUUCAGCUAAUCUAAUUAACGGUACAGAUUAUCUUGCUAGCAAAGAAAGCACGAUCAGUGUUGUUCAUAAUAGCACUGUGACUGACAGUGUGAGCAAACCAAACAACGCACGAAUAAAACUCAUUAAUGAGAGCAAAGACUGCACAAUCACUGCAACAAGUCCAAGUAGUACAGAGUUAUCAAAUCCACAACCGCAGGGUACCUUAUCGGUGCAAUGUGAACAGGGUUCCACCAGUAGUGCCCCUGUCAGCGAGGGGGACACUGGGAUAGAUCCCUGUGCUGAGGUAGGGGAGGAGGACUGUGGACCUGGAGGGACUGAAGGGUCAGCGGGAGGCUCACUAACCAACAAAACAGAGGGGUUAGCGAACCCUUCUGAGGCAUCCUCCAAAGUAGAGCAACAGGACAAGAAGAAAGGUAAACGUAAUCACCAUCUAGGACCAACAGAUAUUUACUUGGAUGAUCUGACCACGUUGGAACCUGAGGUGGCUGCACUCUACUUCCCCAAGAGUGAGACAGAGGGAGCUUCUCAGCACGGGGCGGAGCAGGGCUCCUGCUCAGGGAGCCAGUCGCCUCAGUCAGUGGGCAGCGGGGCCAUGGACAGCGGUACAGAGUACCUGUCCGAUUCCACCUCCUACAACAUGGACAUCAGCAUGUCCCUCUGCGGACAAGAGGGCGACACCAGCCAAAUCACUAAAGAAAAGUUUAUGGCGCACAUUGUGACCUACCAGGAUUUUGCCAAAAAUCCAGGAAUCAUUGAGGAUCCAAACCUUGUGAUCUGCAUCAACUCCAACUAUUAUAAUUGGGCAGUGGCUGCUCCAAUGGUCUUGUCAAUGACAACGUUCCAGAAAAGCCUUCCAAAGAGUACGAUAGAGCGGCUGGUGAAGGACAAGAUGCCCAAAAAGUCUGGACGCUGGUGGUUCUGGAGGAGAAGAGACAUGGACAAUAAUCAGCAAAAGAACUUAAAGGAGGAGCAAGAGGAGCCGCUGGCAAUAGUUUCUUCCACAGUAAAAGCCACGUUGGAUGACAUCGACAGUGAUGAAGUGGCGGGCCUCGGCCGAAAAGCCAUGAUUCCUUCCAGCCUAUCAACAGAAACCCUCAGCGCCACUCAGUGUAUCACCCAGAUGUACCGCAAAUCACUACGUCUGACCUCUAAUCAGAUAGAGAAGUUAAACCUGCGUGAGGGAGCCAACAAGGUGGUGUUCAGUGUGACCACACAAUACCAAGGCACCUGCCGCUGUGAGGCUGCCAUCUACCUGUGGAAGUGGGACGAUCGAGUCAUCAUAUCAGACAUAGACGGCACCAUCACUAAGUCUGAUGCUCUGGGUCACAUUCUACCUCAGUUUGGAAAAGACUGGACACACAAAGGCAUCGCCAAACUCUACCACAAAAUACACCAAAAUGGCUAUAAGUUCCUGUAUUGUUCAGCACGGGCCAUAGGUAUGGCUGCCAUCACUAAGGACUACCUUCAGUGGGUCAAUGACCAAGGCAUUGUCCUCCCUCAAGGCCCUGUACUGUUGGCCCCAAGCAGCCUCUUUUCAGCACUACACAGAGAGGUUAUUGAGAAGAAGCCGGAGGUGUUUAAAAUUGCCUGUCUCAGUGACAUCAAGGACCUGUUCAACCCACAGAGAGAGCCCUUCUACGCGGCCUUUGGCAACAGGACUAACGAUGCUUAUGCCUACAAGCAGGUUGGGGUGCCUGAUACCAGGUUAUUUACCGUCAACCCAAAAGGAGAACUCAUCCAGGAGAGGAGUAAAGUCAACAAGUCCUCGUACAGCCAACUCAGUGAAUUGGUGGAACAUUUCUUCCCCAUGCUGUCUGUCGGGAGCAGCACAUCCUCUGCUUUGGACUGUCCCGAGUACAGCAGUUUCUCCUAUUGGAAGGAGCCUCUGCCAGAACUGGACCUGGAUGCACUACUGUAGACACACACCCACAUCUACACCACACACACAAGUUUUAUAGCAAGCAUAUAUACUCUCUUUGUUUACUUUUUUUUUUCCCCUGAAAGGCAUAAGACUUCCCAGAAUGCCUGAAUACUGCCUUUGAUAGACCUGCCAACUAUAGUGCCUGUUUACAAGACACUGAAUAAACUGGAACAGAAAGAGGCGACUGUCCCGUCUAAUAAAGAUCGAGCCAAAUUAAAUCAUAAUAUGCAUGGACUCAACAUUUCAAACUUAAGUGUAAAAACAUUAUGCAGUACUUAAUCUCAGUGCACACAAUAUUUAGCUAUUUUAAUGUGUAAAUCCUACAAUGAACAUGACACAACUGGACAAAUAUGCCCUUGGACUGUUUUAGUUUUUUGUUAUUGUGUGUCGUAUCCAGUAUCAUAGUCAUUCCAAAAUAUGGAUUUGAAUUGUAUUAGUAGAACACUGUCGCACAUUUCAGCUCCAAAUACUUACCAAAAACACAUUUGUAUAAAAAUGUAGUUGUAUUAGAUACGUAUUGUAUAUUAGUGAUGCCUAAAUUCUGCACAUACAUAAAACUAUUGCCUGUUUUCUGUGACUGACCUGGAAAUUGUCAGGUCACUGCUCUGAGCUCAUGCUCUGAGUUCAAAUAGACCCAAGUACACACAGCUACAAAACAAACCUGUUAUCCUUCAUUCAGUUGAGAUUGUAUCUAGUGGAGGGAGGGUUUCUAUAGCUCCAUGUACCAAGCAACCAAAUAUGGUGUGAGAAUGUGUUUAAAAAGCUUUGGAUUAUUUAAAGUCUGUUUGACCCUAAUAAGUACGAGAUAACUGGGUUUCGCCCUGAGCAAUGUUGAGCUAUAUUCUGUUUUUGUCAAGCAGCAAUGUUUUCUGUUUACAUUUGACUCACCUGAGUCCUAAGUAAUCAGAGCUUUGAAUGGGAAGCUAGCUAUAAGGUGCGGUAACUGCUAAAUCAAAGCCUGCAGAUGAAUAUGGAGUAUGAGUUGGUUGUAAGGGACAAUAGCAGUAUUUUUUCUUAAUACCUGAGGACUGCAAUACACGAUCUGAGCAGAUGAUCAUUGUGAAACUACAACAUACCUUCCUUUCAGGUACCGUAAUACCAAGUUUAGAAGUGUUUGUACACUACAUAAAUGCGGAGGUGGGCCAGGCAGACAUCACUUUUUAUUUUUAUUUAGUGUAAACAGACCUUGGAGGGGAACAGUAGUGGUUUAGCCUGGCGCCGUGCCUUUGUACUAUAAUGACUGUUAUAUUUAUUGUUUUUUGCAUAUCUUAUCAUCCAAAUAUGUGGAAAUGCAUUGGAGCUGAGGAUUUUGCUGUUACUUUUUAAACCAAUUGUAUAGAAAUAUAUAAAUUUAAAAUAAAGCACCACCUGUUAUCUUU